UCAAUCAUUAUAGCAACAAGCAAAACAAAUAUGGUCAAAUUUACCCAACUCUGUUCUAAAACAUUCAAAGCCACCUUUUGCAUUUUGCUAUUAGCUCUCUCAUUUGACUAUGCUAAUUCAGCAAGAAUUCUUGAUGAAGUGAGUUCAGAUGAACCCGUUGUGGCUCCUGUGGUGGCCCCGGUAUCCACAUUGCCAAGUGGCCACUUUCCGGCCAUAGUCACCCCUCCUAAUUCGGACGUAACACCUGUAGUUGAUGAUUCUUCUGUUCCCGCAGCCAGUAUGGCUCCUUCAGUUGAUUCUCCUGAGCCCGCCCCUAUUGUUCCAAUAGCUCCUUCAGCAGAUUUACCAGCUGAACCUGAGCCUGAUGUAGCCCCUGCUGCUCCAGUGGCAACAAACACUGGAGCAGCAACACCUGUUACCAAUGUGGCACCAGGAGCUACCACCUCUGGUGCCACGGUGGCAAAUCCUAUUUUGGACCACUCCAAAUUCUCGUUCUUCAUGCAUGACAUCCUUGGUGGUACACACCCUUCAGGGAGAGUAGUCACUGGGAUUGUAGCCAGUACUGACGUCAACAAUUUACCUUUCACCAAAGCCAACAACCGUGUCUUCCCAAUAGACGGUGGAGUUCCCCUUAACAACAUCAACAACAUUGUCAAUAACAAUAACUACCCUUUCCUAGCAGGGCUAAAUGGACAACAACAAUCCAACACCGUCCUCCAAAACACAGGCAACAAUGACAUUGUCAAUAGCGGUGACAGCCAACCUUUUGUCACAGCAGGACAACUUCCUAGUGGCCUUACCCUUCAACAACUCAUGUUCGGAUCCAUAACUGUCGUGGACAACGAAAUAACUCAAGGACAUGAACUGGGAUCAUCAAUACUUGGUAAAGCACAAGGAUUUUACCUAACAAGCUCGUCCGAUGGGACGAGCCAUACACUAGCUUUAACAACUCUAUUCCAUGGAGAACAUGAACAUGAAGUUGAUGACACCAUUAGUUUUUUCGGAAUUCACAGGACCGCCACGCCAAUUUCACACAUUGCCAUCAUUGGAGGUACUGGAAAAUAUGAAAAUUCAAAAGGGUAUGCAACAAUUGAGACUAUGCCUUAUGUUGAUCAACAUACAACUGAUGGUGUUGAAACAAUUACACAUUUUACUGUGUACAUUACCCCUUAAAACUUAAGUGUUUUUAUUUAAUUUUUCACUAUGUUUGGUUUUAUGUUUUUGUAAUUCUUCACUUUAUUGUAAUGGCAUGGUUAAAUAUUCUGAUUAAUGUUAUAUUAUAUAUAUAUAUAUAUAUAU